GUGGCGCCUGCGCGGCGCGGUGUCUGCUGGGAGGAAGGUCAGUGUGCUCGGAGCUGCUCGCGGCCGGUUGUCUUUGUCUCCAGUAAGUCUCCCCGGCUCGGACUGACGGGCGGACACCGCCGGCAUGGAUGUGUUUCUCAUGAUCCGCCGGCACAAAACAACAAUUUUUACAGAUGCCAAGGAAAGCACAACAGUGUACGAGCUGAAGCGGAUUGUGGAGGGGAUCCUGAAAAGACCCCCUGAGGACCAGCGGCUAUACAAGGACGAUCAGCUCUUGGAUGAAAGUAAGACACUUGGUGACUGUGGCUUCACCAGCCUGACUGCUCGGCCCCAGGCCCCAGCUACAGUGGGACUGGCUUUCCGCAGUGGAGGUGAUGCAUUUGAGCCUCUUCGAGUGGACUCCUUCUCCAGUCCUCCCGAGCUCCCUGAUGUAAUGAAGCCACAAGAGACAAGUGGCAGUGCUAACGAGCAGUCAGUGCAGUGAGAGCUAGAGUCUGCAUCCCCCAGUCCACCUCCUUGUUUCUCUGUCUCCUGGGGGGCGUACUGCCUCCAGCUAGCGAUGGGGUUAACAGAUUUCUCACGCUCCAUUUCACCUUGUGUAUCUCCUCAUUGUACGACUUGGCUCCCCUUUAAGUUACCCAAAGAAUGGAAGACGUGAGAUGGAGGGCACUCUUCUCAAACACCCUGCUGGGCAUAAACUCUGGACUCCUGCUCCACAUCCUGUGAUUUCCCCCCAAAGCCUCCCUCUUAACCCCCCUCCCACCACAUUUUUUUUUCUUCCUCCCUGUUCUCAGUUUUGUUUGGGGUGGGUGAUGUUCAAUUUUGUUUUUUGGUUUUUGUUCUAUUUUAUUUUUUAAAACAUAAUAAAUUUAGUUUUGCCUGAUGGA